GGUGCUGGACGCCAGUUUUGCUGACUGCCAUUUUCUUCUCUUCUUUUCUUACGGGCAGGGACCAUAAGCACAGUCCUCUUUUCGACCACCAUGAAGUCUAUCAUCAGCAUCACGGCCUUACUCGCCGCUGUGGCAGUUGCUCACAAUGACAUGCCCCCGAGGAGCAUGUCCACAACAGAAUUCCGCCAGGCUUUCAUGGAAGCCGGUAUUGUUCCCGAUGUAAUGGGGUCGUUCGAUCCGAUGGUGUCCUUCUACGCCGGCUACAAAGCCAGUGAUGGCGAUAAGGCAUUGCUGAUGCCCGGAACGAAACUCAAGAUGAAGGAAACCAAGUUUCCAUUCGAGUUCAGCGUCGAGAACAUCAUGAAAGCUAGGAACGUGACUCGAAAUUCCAGAUUCGUUCUCUACAUGAUUGGGCCCGACUCUCCAACACGCGAGAGUCCCACAGAGCGAAACAUGAGGCACUACCUGGCUGGCAACUUCACCCUUGAGCAGACCAAAUCUGAGGUUCUUGCAUCAGCAAUGAUCAUGAAAAACUCAACACCCGCAUUUAAUGAUUAUAUGGCGCCGGAGCCCAAAGCUGGCAGUGGCAUGCAUCGAUACGUGUACCUGCUCUACGUUCAACCCGAGAAGUUGAAUAAGAUGGGCUUCGACGCCAUGAGUGUUGAUAAGAUGAAUCGGAAGAACUUCAAUAUCUCUCAGUUCCGCAAGCAAGCUGGUCUCGGACGCCCCAUUGGUGGAACCUACUUCAUGCUGAACAUGGCUCAGGAUAAUGGAGGCAGCGGCGGCCAUGGCGGCGGGAACAAUGGUGGAAACAAUGGUGGAAAUAACGGCGGCAACAACAACAAUAAUGGAAACGGACGAAGCGCUGCCUCUGUCGUGACUGUGGGUUCUGUGGUAAUGUUCAUUACGCUGCUGGCGUCAAUGUUUGCUUGGAUGUAA